AUGAUGGCAAGUAGCAGUACUAGUGGUAAUUACAACAAAUCAUUCAGAGCCAAAUUAAAGUCUAUCAAAAAGGAGUUGAUCUCAACCACAAACACACUAACCAGAAGCAAAUCCACAUUUUUUUCCUCAUCACCAUCACCAUCUACUCCAUACCCAUGUUCAAUUGCAUCGUUAUCCUCACCUUAUUCAAGUCUACAACCAAGUCCAUUCACUAGUACAAACACAUCACCCAGAUCAAUUGUCUCAUCUACAUUUGCUACGUCGUCAUUUGUGCAAUCUACACCAGAGUUGAACCAAGAACAACAGCAGUCACUGCAUUCUUCCACUUCCUCAUCAUCGUCUACUAUUCGGUAUCGAAGUCAUUCCAUCUCACACUCAUUUAGUAAAUUUGCUCAGAAUAUCAAUAAUCAUCUGAGUGUCAUGUUUAAGAGUGGUUCUCAUUUCCAUCUACCUCUAACUACCCAACAACGUCAACAAGGCAAUAACAAUAACAACAACAACAACAACAACACUGCACCCCUUGCUCACGAGUCAAUAUUUGACACUUGUAUACCACUAGAUUAUGAUCAUUUCACAUACACAAACACAACCGAUUCAACACCCGAAGAUGAAAAUGACGACGAUGAUGGUAACCUUGAUGGUUUCAACAUCAACCAAUCCAACGAUAACAGCAACGCCAACUACUAUAACAACAACAGCAAUGUUAUUUCUUCUUUCUUUGGUGAAGCCAAAGAAGAGGUCAUUAUUCCACCACUACCUGAUAUUCAUGAAUUCAAUCCAAUAUACCAGCAACAGCAACAGCAGCAGCAGCAGCGGCAUAAGCCACAGCGACACCAACUCCACCAUCAAUCAAGUACCAGCAGUAUUAUGACAUCCAAUUCUGAUUUGCAUACCACCACUACUAACAACAACAACAACAACAACAACAACUCAAACACAACUUUAAACAGACACAAUUCCGCAAUCAGAUGUUUCAAGCAGGGUGGCACGAAUAUGACACAAAGUGCCAGUUUUGCCACCACCAACACCAACAAAACAUACAAUUCCACACCCAACACACCAGUAUCCUUAACUCAUUCCAAGACCAACACCAUUGACGUUUGCGUGACAAAUGAAGCAUAUAUCAAUUGCAGCAAUGAUGGUGAUGGAGCUAUCGAUGCAAAUGUAAAUGAGAUUGAGGAUGACAUUUUGGCUAUAAACAUCUUGAAUUUGAUCAGGAAUAAUGAAAUCGUUUGGGAUAUUUGA